AGAUGGUUAGCUCGUUUUGCUGUACACGUACACACCGACUGAACUCCGCACUGGGGUGGUGAUAGCUUGGUGGUUGCACCUGCCACGGGCCUCGCGGGUUUGUUAAAACGAGCGCAUUAAUGUCGACAACCAAUGACCGUUAGGACGGGGGGAGGAAACAUAACAGUGAUGUUGUUGUUAUGCGUGUCAAGUUAGCCUAGCAUGCCGAGCUCGUAACAUCACACGAGCCAACGUAGGUUCUACAUCGAUGAAGCCGUUAGACUCGGAUGAGGAGGAACCGGAGCCGCUGGGGGCCUACCACAAGGAACUGAGACAGCGGGCCAACCAGAGCAUCCAGCAGCUGAGCAGCGCUCUGGAACAGCUCAACCCUGAGGGACGGGAGGCGGAGGAGGUCGGAGGCGGCGAUGGCAGCGAUGGCAGCGAUGGCAGCCUCUUCUCCAUCAUGGUCGAAGAGGACAAGGCAGCAUGGAGCCAAAAGACACAGAGCGAAGCAGUUAAUCAACUGAAGAGCCUUCUACUGAAGCAGUGCAGAGAAAUUCCUGCUCCCCUCUCUCCUUCAAAGAAACAGUCUCCAUCCAAGAGAGUGCAGCAGGAGGGAAGGUGCAGCUUGCCUGUCUUUCAGGAUUUGGUCCCAAUGAUUCACAAUCAGUCAGAUUACAUUCAGCACCUGGAGGCUGAGGUCAAACUCUGCAAGGAGGACCUGCAGGAGAUGAAACAUCGGAUCAGAGUGGUGGUGGUGGAAAAUGAGAAGCUACAUUCAGAACUCAAAUCCAAGGUUGCGGAUGAAUCUCUGAGAGAUUACACAAUCCACAACUCUAAGGUGAAUGAGAGUAUGACCGCUAGCAGCCUCAUAGCCUCGAAUACAGGCCACAGCGUUCUGCAGAGAGCACAACACUCCACAUGGAAGAAUGAACUGGAACAACUGAAAGUGAUCUACCAGGCCCAGGUUGAAAGCUUGGAGGCUCAUGUCAUCUCCCUAAGGAAGGAGCUGUCAGCCAGUCAGAAGGAGUGUGAGGAGGUGAAGGUUCGUCUGAGACACAAGGAGAAGCAGGCUGCCGAUGCACUGAGGACUGAUGGAGCUCCCCGUGUGGCCGGAUUGUGUAUCAAGUGUGCCCAGCACGAAGCCGUCUUGGCUGGGACUCACACAAAUCUACAUGUCCAGGCUAUUGACAGGCUCACAAAGGAGCGUGAUGAGUUACUGGGGGCUCUGCGUUCUGCGAGGACUAAUCAGCAGGAGGCACAACAGAGGGAGUGGUCUGCCUGUCUUCAGGUCAAACAGGCUGUGGAGAUGGCAGAAGAAGCAAACCUGCACAGAGCUAGGGUAGAGGUACAGUGUGAGCAGAUGUCCAGGGAGCUGGAUCGACAGAGGGAACAGCUGGAACGAGAAGCACAGGCCUUGCAGGGGAGACUGGCUGAGGCCAGAGAGGAAGGCCAAGCUAAGGGCCGCAAACAGAUAGAAGAGCUGGCACACACAGUGUCCAGCCUCUCCCAGGAUGUUGCCAAGUUAGAAGGGCAGCUAGACAGAGCUCACAGAGACAAGAGCUCACUGACCAACCAGCUGGAAGACACUCUUCACAAACUUACCAGUCAGGAACAAGACAACACCAAGGUGUGUGUGGAGCUGCGAUAUCAACUCAGUCAGGCCCAACUGAAGAAAGAGGAAGCAGAGCGAGAGCUCCGAGAGCUCAACACCAAGACCAGCAGACAGAUGGAAAAGACUGCGCAGGAAGUGGAAAGGCUAAGCUCAGAGCUGGUUGGCUGUCGGCAGCAUCUGGAGGCGGUCCAAAAGGAUGGGAGCCAAUGGCAGGCCGAAACCCUGAGCCUAGCAGAACAGCUGGCAAAUGCCCAGCGCCAACUGCACCUCACCAGACAGGAUCGAGAGAGCGCAGAACGGGCUCACGAGGAGGAAAUGACCUCUGCGACCCUUUCAGCGCAGGAGAGGGAGAGAGACCUGGGUGCGUUGCUGCAGCAAACAGAGGCUCAACACCAGCAGAGAGUUGGAGAGCUGGAUGGUCUGCUGGGUUCCCAGAAUGCGUUGAUUAGGAAGCUGAAGGAGGAGUGCUGCAGACUGGGGGCCAAACUUGAAAAGCUGAAGGAAAACAGCAGGAGUGAACUUGAACAGGUGGCCUUGGAGAAGCAACACCUAGAGGAGUCAGUCCAAAGUCUGAGAGCUCGCUGCUCCGACAUGGAGGAACAGUGUGUCCAGCAUGGUCGUAUGCACCAGCGCAUGAAGGACAGGCUGCAGCAGUUGGACCGUCACUGUCAAAGCAGCGCCCAGCAGGUGUAUGAGCUGCUGGCCAAACAAAACCAGCUGAUGCAGGAAAGAAACACACUGACAGAGGAGAUGGAGAGCCUACGUAUAGAGCUUCCCAACACGAGACGAGUCGAUGCUGCAGCCACAUGAGUCCGUCCUCCCAGGUUCCUCCUCUUCAUCAACACCACUGCUCCGCUCUUCUGUUUGGAUCCGGAUGUUUUCAGUCCGGAACCUCGUGUUGAACAGGACGGAACAUGCUGUGUCUGUGUGCACUCUUAUCGUUUACAUCGCUGAAAAAUUAUUCUGUUCGUUUACAUUUGGCAAUGGACUGUAACUGUGAUGAAUUGAGUGGUUAGAUGAACUAGGAUGGUGUAUUAAGUAUAAAUAAAAAUCAUUUCUAAUUUUUUGAAAAUGUAUCUGCAAAUGUAAUAAAAUCCCUGAUGAACCAAC